GCUAGCGGCCUGUAAAGACACUAGCAAGCGAGCAGGCAAAAAAAUUUCACUCAGGCUGCAGCUGACGUGUGGGAAGGCAGCCCGCUUUGGAGAGCGCAUUCCUACCGAGCUGACGCGCGGAAGCUGCGAGCUGCAAGAAAUUGCACUCGAGCUGUCGAGACACUGCAUGCAUCUAAGGUAGCACGGCUCUCUCACAAACGAGUCCGCUGCUUUCACAGCUCACCCGCGCUCGCAUUCAUCUACACUGAAGCCGCGGCAAGUCAUGCGUCUCUGGCUCCUGCUCCUCGCGGGCGCGAGGGCGGCCGUCAACACGAAGAAACAUCUGGACUGGCUGACCCACCAGCGGAAGCACGCGCUGCCGCACCGCAUCAACUCGCGGCACGAGCGCUGGGCCAAGGCGCACAUCGAGUUGGUCGACGCGGCACCCCCGCUUGCGCCGGGCGAGCGCCUGGACGCGGAGCACCCGAUCCCCGUGCACUACUUCUUCAUUGACAGAGACGACCCGCGGAACCCGAACAAGGUGCCUCCGAUGAUCCGGGAGAUGGUGCGCAACUACACCCAGACAGCUGCGGCGAACGGCCUGCGCGUGAACAUCACCGUGGCGGGUUUUGACCACGCGCGAAGUAUCGUCAGCCAAGUCCACCCCGACCUGGGGUGGCUCUGGGACCGGUUGGAGGUGGAGCACGCGACGUGUUUCUCGAAUUUGUACAGGCUGGCGGCUCUAUAUGUCUACGGAGGUAUCUACCACGACGCCAAGAUCUGGCUGUCGCCGCCGGGCUUAGCUGGCGUCGUUCGAGCUUUCGGAACGUAUGAUCUAGUGUUCGAGGAACGGCCGUCCGGCGCCGCCGAGGCGCGCGUGAGGAGAAGGGUGCGAGCGACGAACAUGGCCGCGGCGCGGCCCGGCUCCGCGUUCCUCAAGCAGACACUGCUGAAAUUAAGGGACAAGAUGCUUUUAGUGUAUGAAAAGGGCCCGGAGCUCAUCGCCAACCGCCAGCUGAUCUGGAGCGUCGGGUCGCAGUCGCUGCUGAGCGCCAUCCACGACGGCCUCGACAACGUGACGAAGGGCCACACGUUGGUGGGGUACCACUGCUUCGGGGACUCGCCGAAGUACGAGAACUGUUCCGAUGCGGAGGACAUCCCCGGCCAGCUCGAUGGGGACCGGUUCGUCAUCAGACAGUGGGGGCCGCGGCUCGUGCCCGAGAUCAUCGGCGCGUACAACCAGGGCGGGCGGCGCCACUGGUCCAAGAGCAAGCUACCCCUCUUUCGCAAGGAGGCGUACGGCGUGCCCGCUUCUGAUAGACCGGUGGCACCGGGCGACGCGGCGGCGCGCAUGGUCGCUUGGGAGGAAAAAUUAAGGAAGAUCCGCGAGGAGCGCGCGGCCCAGCAGCUCGCGGAGCGGCAGGCCAUGUCGAGGAGAAAUAGAGAUAUGUCGAGGCAGGAACAGAGGACGAAACUGAAACAGCGACUGAAGCCCGGCGAACUGACGCCGUGGGCCCGGGCGCAAGAGCGGAAGCGUAAACGCGCGGCACAAGCGCUGGCCGCAAAGUCGGGCGGGACGUCGCUCGCGCUUCUCAAAUCUGUGGAUCCGGGGACUCACAAGAGCGCGUGAUAAUGGGAACGCUGGCGACGGGAAAGGACGUGUGAUAGUAAAACUGAAUUAAACUUAGAUAACUAAGUCGCCGCGGGAAUCCGUCGUCGCGGCGGGCCCCUAGUCGCCGCGGGAAUCCGUCGUCGCGGCGGGCCC